AUGACACCCAACUUCGACUUCCUUGGCGAUUGCGAAUGCGACCUGACCAUUGACUCGAGCGAGGCUUACGAAAAGCCUUACGAGGAGCCCUCCAGCGCUACUGAAACCUCAAAAAUUACUUUCAAGGUGAAGAAAUGGGACGCCGUGGCCUUGUGGGCCUGGGACUUGGUAACGGACAACUGCUCCAUUUGCCGCAAUCAGAUUCUAGGGCUGUGCAUCGAGUGCCAGGCAUUGGAGUCUCAGGAAUCCAAACAAGAGUGCCCAGUGGCCUGGGGAAGCUGCAACCAUGCCUUCCAUUUCCACUGCAUCUCAGGUUGGCUAAAGUCUCGAACGGCAUGCCCCCUGGACAACAAAGUGUGGAAGUAUGAAAAUAUUGGACAGGCCUUAAAGGAUAAGGGAACACAAUAUCCACCGACGUAGGCCAUAAAUCAAUGCAUAUAACGAAUGCUUAGAAACAACGCAUGGAAUGAAAGGCAUUUUGAACUAGAAUAAAUGACGGAAUAAAAAACGAUGUUAUAGUUGGCUUUUUCCAUUUACUCUUA